AUGCGUGGCAUCACUCUGUCUGUGGCUGUCCUGGCCACCUUAUGGGCCUCUGUUGCCCAGUCCACUUCGCUGGGUCAUUUCGCCCUGCAGAAGGUCCUCGAUGAUGCCUCUCCUAUCUUUGGCUCUUAUUCCAAGCAAACCAACAGCAAAACAACAUGGAUGAAAGGGUAUUCCGAUGAUACCCUUCUGGUCCACAUGAACAUUCCUGGCACUCACGAUAGUGCGACGUGGAACUACACCCAAGCCACGCAAGAUGCCAACCGCGGUAUCACCGACCUCAACCAGGUCACACCGCCAGUACCUGAAGCACUCCGCUGCCAAGAACUCCCCCUGAUUGAUAUGCUGAACAUGGGAAUUCGUGCAUUUGAUCUUCGCUAUGCAUUCGAUGCCACAAACAGCACAAUCAUCUUCUAUCAUUCUCAGGGGUUGCUCUCGGAGACUGCGACUCUGGACGAUGUGCUGUUUGGCUUCUACCGCUGGCUUGAUGAUCACCCAUCAGAGACUCUGUUCUUGUCCAUGCAAUACGAAGGCUCAACUGCCAAGCAUGCAUCCAACAAUGCAGCACUUCAGCUGAAGCUCCACGAUGCUUUGACCUCUCCCGCCGCUCGAGAAUACUUUGUCCAGACAAAGGAUCAGCUGGGAACACUUGGACAAGCCCGUGGAAAAAUUACUCUACUGCGUCGCUUUGAUCUGGAUCAGUUGCCUUCCUCAUACACAAGCUCCCUGCCGGGCCUUCAUUUCUCGCCCAGCCUGUGGACAGACAACAGCCCAGACAUUGUUUUGACCUACAACACACAGGAGAAUUUGACGGCUUACAUUGAAGAUUACUAUGAGCCUCUUACACCGACCGGCUCGAACGCCACAGAAAACAUUCAGUGGAAGUACAAUGCUACCACCAAGAACAUCAUCAAGGCUACCACCGAGUAUCCUGACAGCCUGUUCUGGACAUGGGCCUCUAGUACGAACCUCGACAAUGUGCCUCCAGAGUGGCCUCGGGUCAUGGCUCUUGGGAACGGCACAUUGACCCCCGCCGGUGGAGUGAAUCAGCUUCUCGUUCCUUUCCUGAAGCAGCAGAAGGGCAAGCGUGUCGGAAUUGUGAUGUUUGACUUUUUCGAUCAGCCGUCCAAGCUCAUCGACACCUUCCUGAGCCUGUAG